AUGAUGGCCUUUGCACCUCCGAAAAGCACGGAUGGCUCCAAAAUGCAGACAAAGAUGAGCACCUGGACACCCCUAAACCAUCAACUUCUGAAUGACCAGGUGUUUGAAGAACGAAGAGCUCUGCUUGGAAAAUGGUUUGACAAAUGGACAGACUCUCAAAGGAGAAGAAUCCUUACAGGCCUUCUAGAGCGCUGCUCUCUGGCCCAGCAGAAGUUCUGCUGUCGAAAGCUGCAGGAAAAAAUUCCAGCGGAGGCCCUGGAUUUUACUACCAAGCUGCCAAGGGGUGUUAUCUGUCUUAUCUUUUCCUUCUUGGACCCCCGGAGCCUUUGCCGUUGUGCACAGGUGAGCUGGUACUGGAAGAGCCUGGCUGAGCUGGAUCAGCUCUGGAUGCUCAAGUGCCUACGCUUUAACUGGUACAUCAACUUCUCCCCAACGCCGUUUGAGCAGGGCGUCUAAAAGCACUACAUUCAAAUGGUGAGAGAACUUCACGUCACCAAACCCAAGACACCUCCAAAGGAUGAAUUCAUAAUUGCCGACGUUCAGCCCAUUCCCGGCAGCUCUCCUGAGGGAAAGCAGUCCCCUUCAUUCGCUUUGCGAUCCUCCACCUCCUUAAGAAAGAAGAACAACCCAGGGGAGAAAGCGCUUCCGCCGUGGCGAUCGUCGGAUAAGCAUCCCACUGAUAUCAUCCGCUUUAAUUAUCUAGACAACUGUGACCCCCGAACACCUCUGGCAACGGGACAAAAAAAAGAAACGAAAGUGACCCCAGACUUCAAGCAGCAGUUUCGAGAUCAGAAAAACAAGCUUAAGGACGGUGCGAGGCUUCAGGAAAGCACGAUGUCCCUGAGUUCCCACCCGAAAGUUCCAGUUCAUCCCGCCUGGCCUCUUCAUCUGCCAGUGGGACCCUCAGAUCCUGAAGCAGCAACUCAAAUUCUCACGGAACACUUCCCCAGACACCCUGGGCUUCAGCCAACCCCCACAGAGGCUCCAGAGGGGAAACUGACAUAUGUCGGGUUUGAUGAAGGGAUGUCUGAUGGCCUCGUUGAUGAUACUGGGCAAGUCGGGGUCCUAGAAGGAAGUGACACCCCCAGAACUCCUGGAGUGUUUUCCGGGCAUUAUCUGUUCCCCUCAAGCUUCAAAAUCAUAUCACCAAAUCAGUACUUUGAGGAGCCGAGGAGGAGUCAGUACACAGUGUUUCCCAAGGGCCCCCGAGUGCAGACAUUGGUUCCAGUCAGACUCCCCGCCAGGUUCCCUGUAGACUCACUGGGCUGCACUAAUAGGUUCAGCAGCUCCCAUGGGCGUGUGCAUCCAUGGGCAUGGAGGCCAGAUGAGGACAUAGUGUGUCCCAUUUUAUCACUCUGCCUCAUUCCCCUGAGGCGGGAUCUCUCAUGGUACUUGGAGCUACAGCUGGAGGUAAUGCCCAGUGAUCCUCUUGUCUCCACUCCCCACGCAAACACUGGCUUACAGGUGUUCACACAGGCAGGUACUAGGAUUUGA